AUGGGCUUUCCUCCAAAGCUGGCCCUGGUUUUCAUCGGAUUCUUCGGAUGGUGCGUCAUUGCUACAAGUGUUCCUGAUGCCAACGUGACAACUGUUCUCUGCAACUCAGGGGUGUACUCAAAGGGUGAUCCUUUUGGUACUAGUCUAGCUUAUGUCCUUGCAGAAAUUGAGGCUGUAACCCCAACGAGCAAGAAUUAUGACUACUUCAACAUCUCUCCUUAUCCUAAUGCUGUUGCCUAUGGUCAUGCUGCUUGUAAUCAGAACCUCACCAGCUCCGACUGCUCAUCAUGUCUUGGUGCGGCUAAAACAGCCAUGUUUGCGAGUUGUCAAAGCCGAAUAGGGGCUCGUUCGGUGCUCCAUGAUUGUACGAUUAGGUAUGAGCAAUACCCAUUUUCUGAUUAA